AGGUUACCAACUCUGAAGGGUACUGAUUUAAAUCAUCAUGGCCAUGUCUAUCCUCACCCAUAUUUUGUCUGGCCUGUUUGGAAUGGGCUCCUGGGUCACCAUCUGCGGACUGUUUGUGGAACUUCCGCUAAUCGUCCCACAUGUUCCUGAGGGCUGGUAUCUUCCCUCCUAUGUCUCCGUCAUCAUUCAAAUGGCCAACAUCGGACCUCUGUUUGUCACAUUAAUGCACCGCUUCCGACCAGGAACGCUCAGCGAGACUGCAGUUAUCUAUUUUAUUGUUGGUUUCGGAAUAUUAGCCAGUCUCUUACUGGCGUUCUUCUGGAGUGAAACAGUGGUGGUGCAAGGUGUGGAGCGCAGUGUUCCUCUCCUCCUCCUCAUCUUCUUCAUCUCCAUAGUGGACUGCACUUCUUCGGUCACGUUCCUUCCCUUCAUGACGCAGCUCAAAGCCGAGUAUCUAAUGACUUAUUAUAUUGGAGAAGGUUUAAGCGGUCUGGUCCCAGCUUUAAUGGCAAUGGUUCAAGGUGUUGGCGUGAUGGAAUGCGUCAAUGCAUCUCAAAUCCUUAGAUCCAACCAAACACAUUUAAACUCAUCUGAAGGGAAUGCUAACUAUCUAGUUCCUAGCUACCAACCUGCUAACUUCUCAGUUGAAGCCUAUUUUUUCUUCCUGACAGCUAUGAUGGUGGUUUGUCUGGUGGCGUUUUUACUUUUAAACUACCAUCCGGCUGUGGCUCGAGAACGGCCUAAUAACAUUCCUGAGUCCCAUUGGAAAAACAAGAAAUCGGAGAAUAAACCGAUGAUGAGUUCUCAAAGGACUGUUCAGAAAGCCAGAAGCUCGUUUGGGAAAGGGACGUACACAUGGGUGCAAGUUGUAUACAUCUAUAUUAUCAUAACAUGGGUAAAUGCAUUGACCAACACUGGUUUGCCGUCAGUGCAGUCAUAUUCAUGUUUGCCGUACGGAGAUCAAGCCUAUCACUGGUCCGCCACUAUGGCCAAUGUUGCCAAUCCUAUAGCUUGCCUCAUCACUAUCUUUUACACACAACGAUCAUUAGUGCUGAUGGGAGUCCUCACGUCUCUUGGUUCUCUUAUUGGAGUUUACAUCAUGGCCAUGGCUGUGUUGAGUCCCUGUCCACUGCUAGUUCAUGACACCUCUGGAGCUGUCAUUAUUGUGUUGGCAUGGUUCUUAUUCAUCUUCGUCCUCUCCUACGUGAAGGUAAUUGCUGCUGUCAUCCUGCGAGAUGAAGGCCACAGCGCCCUCGUGUGGUGUGGAGCAGUAGUGCAGCUGGGCUCAAUGUUGGGGGCAGUUACUAUGUUUCCUUUGGUCAACGUUUUUGACUUUUUCACUUCAGGGGACCCAUGUAGCACGAACUGCUUAUGAGAUAUGGGAGCUGCAAAUCAUAUUUAU